GCCCGCCCCCAGUUCAACGACUUGCACGGCCGCUGCCUGGAAUGGUCCCCCGAGUUCGCAGCGAGAGACACCAGCAGGAGGACCACGCAGUGGCUCGAGACCUGGGUGUGCCCGCGAUGCGGGGCGUCCUGCGCUGUCGGCAUGCUCGCGCCACAGGGCGGUCACCAG